CAAUUCAUUUCUCUCUCUCUCUCUCUCUCUCUCCCCUGUUUGUUCUCCUCUCACGUUCGUUCAUCUUUGUACAGCAAUUAUGCAUCGACCUUCUCAGCUGCCGCCUGGAGAGAACCCACCAAAUCAAUCAAUAAUUGGAAGAAGAAGAGGUAACAACAGUGGAAGGAGCUUACAGGGUGGUGACACAUGUGAAAGUGAUGAUAGUGACAUUGAAGGUGUUUCUGAUCAGUCUCUGGAUGGAAAUCCAAGUUUGUUUCAGUUGGAUAAUGACCUUGGAUUACUCUCUCUCCUUGGGUCUAAGAGGGUUCACAACAUGUGUAAAUCUGAUCAUAGUUGUUCAUCCUCUUAUGAAAGAUCACUCCCAUUUGAUCCGUUAGAUGGUCAAACUUCAGAACGAUCCAGUUCAAGUUCACAUCCAGAAGACUUGAGUUCAGUGCACAUAUCAGAUCUUGAACAAAUUCUACCCCAUGCAAGAUCCAGCCCGGAAUAUAUUUCGAUGGGUGCUAGUUCAUCCACUGCUGUGGUCAUUUCCAGGAGAGACCCUAGACCAUUAUCAGAGACAAUUACAGGAAGAGGAAUCUCAGAAAUUCCACAACCUCCAUUAUCAAAUAUAAUUGAGAUAAUUGAAAGCAUCUUUUCUGGUUCUCAGGUAGCAUCCAGUUCAGUAAGCCGCCAGCGAUCAAAUUUCAGUUGGGUAAUUCAUAGCCGUCUUCUUCUUCCUCGAAUUUCUCAUGGUGUUCCAGAUGUGAUCCAGAGGUCGGUCCUUCCUUCCAUUGGAUUUAGCUCAAGGAGUGGAAAUUCCUUAUCUCCACAACUUACCCAAUUUCCUUCCUUGCCUUUUGAUGGAGUGGGGUCGGAGAGUGAAGUUGAUACUCUAAGUCAGCAAUAUCUGCAAUCAGUUCUUUUCAUGCAGAGGCUGGACAGUAGCGUGAUAGCACGUUCAAUUUUGUUAAGGAUGUUAACAGCUGGUAGUGGAGGACAAGUCAGGCUAGUAUCUGAGGAUAUUCUAAUUCUAAGUCAAUCACCAUCAUCUGAUAUAGCUGAUUUGCAUGAUUAUUAUGGAGAUAUGCAGCUAGAUGUGGAUAACAUGUCUUACGAGGAGUUACUGGCUUUGGAAGAUCAUAUAGGGAAUGUAAGCACAGGGUUGUCCGAAGAAGUAAUUAUCGAGUAUCUAAAACUUCAAAAAUAUUUCUUAUUCUCAGAAGAGAAAUCUUUGAAGGAAUCCUGCAGUAUUUGUCAGGAAGAAUAUGUGGAGGAGGAUGAGCUGGGUGUUCUGGACUGUGAACAUGACUUUCACAGUGCUUGUAUCAAGCAAUGGCUAAGAUGCAAAAACCUCUGCCCUAUAUGCAAAGCCACUGGUCUGACUACCUUAAACCCCACUAUGCCCAUAAACACAUAGUCAACAGAUAAUCUUACCUCAGCUUCAUUCUUUUGUGGUAGAAAAUUUUCUGUGAUUUCUUGGUUAACAAGUUUUAGGCUGGCCAAUGUUGGCGCAUCAUAGGCUCAAGCUGUCAUGACUUUCAGGCAUCCUUAAGUGUAGAAAACCAAGUAGUACCAGAUGGAGAUUUAGCAGCUACAAACAAAGGAGAUUUUAAGAAAGACUUUCUGGCUGUAUGGUGAUUUCAAGUACUCAAAUGGAUAUAAGAGUGAAACUUUGUCAUGUCAUUUUGAAACUAAAAAGUCAAUAUGUGAUGGUUCAACCUAAUAUUCUUUGCUCAGAAUAAAAAGAUUUUAUUCAACCAACUGUAAUGUUAUAAUUGCAUACAAUGAACAAAAAGUACUAUUUUGAAUUUCUUAAAAAAGUGUAGAUAUCGUUGAACUUUAGAUGUUCCAAAUUUCACCUGAAUGUUUUGGAAACUUCCAACAUGG